CCAAGAACAACCCCAAAACGCCGUUACUUUUCUGCAUUCGAAAAGAGCAGAGAUUUCUCACUCUCUCUCUCUCUCUUUCCAUAUAUGUAUAUAUAUAUAAAUCGUAACGUAAUAUCUAGGGAUCAUAAAAAUUCAAACUAUGUUUCAAAUCUUUUUCAAGAAACACGCUUGUCUUCAGUACGACCUCCCCGUAUUCCUCAAUUUUCUUUUUUAGGGUUUCUUCUGCUUUCGCCAUUUUUGUUUCUCUGCAAUUUUCUACUUCCUCUACUCCGUAACCCCAAAAACCGCUUUGAUCUUGUUGGUCUCUGAUAGAUAGUUAUUUUUGUGCUGAUUUGCAAAAUGACGACUGUGCCCCCUUCUCUCUCCCCUUCUCGUACCACUUGCGCUUCCCUCCUCCACGAAUUGCAGAUAAUAUGGAAUGAAAUUGGGGAAACUGAGAGUGAGAGGGACAAGAUGCUUCUACAGCUUGAGCAAGAAUGCCUUGAUAUUUACCGGAAGAGAGUCGAAAAGACCCGAGAGUACAGCACUCACUUGCUUAAGUCACUGGCCGACGCCGAAGCUGAAAUUUCUGCCAUUGUUUCUGCCCUCGGAGAGCAUUCCUCGUGUUCGAAGAACUUUGAGAAGGGAAGGAGCACUCUCAAGGACCAAAUAUCUGCCAUUAAACCUUUUUUGGAGGACUUGAGGAUGAGGAAGAAAGAAAGGGUCAAGGAGUUUUCAGAAAUUCAAUCGCAAAUUAUACAAAUCUGUGGAGAGAUAGCAGGAAAUGGUCUAUCUAAGAACUUUGCUGGUCCACAAGUUGAUGAGAAUGAUUUGACUGUCAAGAGGUUGGGGGAGCUAAAGUCACACCUUAAAGAACUUCAGAAUGAAAAGGCUUUCCGCUUGCAGAAAGUUAACAGCCAUCUUAGCACCAUCCACGAGCUGUCAGUUGUGAUGUCAGUUGAUUUCCUUAAGACAGUUCAUGAAGUUCACCCGAGCUUAAGUGAACCCUCCAAUGGUCAAUUGAGGAGCAUCAGCAAUGAAACUCUUGCUAGAUUAACGGGUGUUAUUAGCUCACUCAAGCAAGAGAAGCAACAAAGAUUGCAAAAGCUGCAAGGUCUCGGUAGUGUUUUGAUAGAUAUGUGGAAUCUUAUGGAUGCACCAGUUGAUGAGCGUAAAAGAUUUGAACAUGCUACUUCCCUAAUUUCCUCCUUAGUUGAUGAAGUGUCAGGGAAAGGAUGCCUUUCUAUGGAAGUUCUUGAGCAGACUGAGGCUGAAGUUGAGCGGUUGAAUAUUCUUAAAGCAAGCAAGAUGAAGGAGUUGAUAUUUAAGAGACAAAACGAGCUGGAAGAAAUAUACAAAGGGGUUCAUAUGGAUGUAGAUAGUGAUGCUGCACGGCAGAUUCUCAACGGUCUCAUUGAUUCUGGUAAUGUUGAUCUGUCUGAUCUGCUUUCAAGCAUGGAUGACCAGAUUGCAAAAGCCAAUGAACAAGCUCUUAGCCGAAAGGAUAUUUUGGACAAAGUACAGAAAUGGAAAUUUGCAUCAGAGGAGGAAAAGUGGCUUGAUGACUAUGAAAGGGAUGAAAACCGAUACAGUGCUGGAAGAGGAGCACACAAAAAUCUCAAACGUGCAGAGAAAGCUCGGAUUUUGGUCAGCAAAAUACCAUCUAUGGUUGAAGCUUUGACUGCCAAAGUAAAAGCCUGGGAACUGGAGAAAGGAAUCCCUUUCUUAUAUGACAAGGUUCCUCUUUUAAAUAGCUUGGAGGAAUAUACUGUUCAACGGCAGGAAAGAGAAGAGGUGAAGCGUAAAUCCAGGGAACAAAAGCGGAUGCAAGAACAACUUGCUACAGAGCAUGAGGCAAUUUUCGGAUCAAGAUCUGCGACGAAGAAGCCACUGGGGCAGAGCACUAAUGCUAACACAAUGGUUGGAACACCAAUGGGUCGACGUGCAGCUGGUCCUCUGGGUCGUCAUGGACCAUCAGCUGGGAAGGAACGCAGAGAAAGUGGCCGGGUGAAUAACAUAAUACCUGUCAACUAUGUUGCUUUAUCAAAGGAUGAUCCGGUUUCUUAAGAUUUAAGGAUCUUAAUAUUGUGCAGAAGACUGCUGCUUGUAAAUGGUUGUUUUUAGUAGAAAAAGUAUUUCACAAAUUUUCAUUUCUUCUACUGAUUACUGUUAGUAUUGGUGCUUUAUCCGAUUGCUUCAUGUGUUCUUUUUACUCAUAGUUUUCGUUUCACACUUGAUGACGAAAGCUUAUAUGCACACUUUUUUUUUGCUAAGAGCCUAUAAUGCCUACUUAGCACCAAUGUGAUACGCGAUUCAAAUUGUAUGAGUUAUUGUACAAAAACUCGGAAACUUUAGACUCAAACGUGUGAUACCAACUCGUACCAUAAAGCAAAAAUGUACUAAAGUUGAUGUUAUUGUACUGAAGUUGUGAAUAAAACAAGAAGGAGCUAGAGGGGUUUGUUGAAAUUAA